CGGUGUGUCAGUGAGGUUUUAUUUAUCAAUUUCGUUAAUUUUAUGAUAUCAUUCCAAUACAAAUGAAAACAUGACACUCAGAGAUAGUCUCAGAGAUCUGGGAUGGCACUUGAGUCAAGAUGGUAUUGAUAUUAUUAGCGAAAAUGGUCAAAUACAAGAUGUAAAUAUCCUUAGCCGAAGGGCUCUAGAUUUCGACUUGAGGGACAUAGGUGAGGCAGCCUUUCCCGAAGAGUUUACGAAAGACCCUACUACUUUAGAGAAGCCAAUAGUUGUUCAAAUCCAGAAGAUAAGAAAUGUGGCAGCCCCAAAAGCUAAUGAGGAGUCAACAUCAGCCCCUCGGAUGUUGAAAUUUACUUUGCACGAUGGGAAAUCGUCAUGUACAGGUCUUGAGACAAGUUCUAUUCCCAACCUGAGUAUUAACACUCCACCGGGAACAAAGGUGUUGCUUAAGGAAGAAGAUCUUGAAGUAUGUCAUGGUGUGAUUUGGCUGACUCCUACAGUGGUCUCUGUGUUGGGUGGUAAAGUUUCUCACAUGAUUGAAAAAUGGGAGCUCAAUAGAAGUCUUGCUAAACAUACUAGAGGUGGCAUAGGAGUAGAUGGUGGUCCACCGCCAUGGAUCCCAUUCGGCCAAAGGUUGGAAGAAUUACCAGUAGAUAAACAAUUUAAGAGUUUACAGGAGGCGUCCAAAGAAGACAAUGCUGAGUUUGAAGCUCAGAGGAAAGGAGCUAUUGCAGAGGCACAGAGAAUGUCAGGUGUUAAGAAGGUAUUUGGCGGAGGCACUAAACCACUAUUAGAUGCAAAUGUACAGAAAAUCGUUGAUGCAGGAUUCUCUGAAGAACAAGCUGAGAAUACACUCAAGUAUACUAAGAACAAUGUUGAAAGGGCACUAAGAAUGUUGCAGAAAAGGGACAACUCAGAAAGCAGGAGUAAAGAGAAACCAAAAGAACCCGAUCAGCAAACUCUACCAAAACGUAAAGGUAGGAACAAGGAUAACGAUGAAGAUGGUGUACCAGUCAAACCAUCAGGCAAAGUCUCCCUAUUUGAUUUCUUGGAAGAUAAACUCCCAAAUGUACCGGAUAAGGAUAAAAAUAAUCGUCGCGACUAUAACGCGCCUUCCGAAGAUAGGGGCGAAAGGAGUUACGGGAAUAGGGACAGGAAUGGAUCCAAACCUAACUCACGCCCAUACGGAUCUAGAUACGACGGUCCUAGACACAGAUCUGAUAGGGGGUACGACAAUUAUCACAAUUCGCACAGAGAGGAACGGAAAUAUCAAACGCAAAACGAGAAACCACCAAGAUUCCAAAAGAAAUUGGAGGAAAAGAAUAAACAACAGCAGCAAGCCAAUAAUAUAAGCUUGCACUACAAUAAUGCAUAUCUCAGUCAAUCUCACACUCAGUACCCAGAAAUAAAUAUGAGGAACGAACACUUCAACGCCAUGACUGACAAUAGCAUGACUCAACAACACAAUUAUCGUAAUAUAAUGAACCCCAUGGAUAGUUUAAUAGAUGCAACAGCAAAUUUAAAUAUGCUCACCAAUCAGAUGCGGCCUAGCGAAGAGUUAUCUCCGGGUAGAAGUUACCAAGCGUAUCCGGACCAAGCUUAUCCACCAAAGCAGUAUAUUCAAAAUCAGGCAAUGCCGGAAAUAUCUCCGUUUCGGAGGGAUAAUGAUAUCAUGUCUAAAUACCAGGAUCAAGCGUAUCAACGUAGGCAGCAACCAAAUGGCUAUAUGGAGCCUCCACAAACUCCCAUGUAUUCAAAUAUAAACUACUUGGGUGCUCAGGGCGGCUACGCCGGUCGCCAGUACGGCUACGGGGCCCGGCCACAGGAGUACAACACCCUGCGCACUGGGGGCCCGUUUCUGCCCGGCUCUCUGCUCGGCUUCCAGAACGCAGCGGUUAAUGAGCAGGCGCGAGCGAUGCUGGGUGUCGCCGAUAUCAACUGGAAAGUCGGGGAUCGAUGCCUCGCGCUUUAUUGGGAGGAUAAUAAUUUUUAUGAGGCGGAAAUCACUGGUAUUUCAGCAAAUACUGUAGUUGUAAAGUUCUGUGCAUAUGGUAAUCAUGAAGAAGUUCUCAAAUCAAAUUGCUUGCCAUACCCUAAUCAAGCAGCAUCGAGCAGUGGCGGGUACCUGGCGCGGCGAGCCUAGGGUUGUUGGGCGGCGCCGCGGGCCCUAAUGCCCCUCGCCGCCGUCAGCUGACGUCAUCGCGCGUCCGCCGCUGCCGCCCAGCGACGCUCGAGCGAAUUAUGCGCGUAGCACGCUCCGCACGAGUGUCUACUUGACGUGCCUGCACUGAGCUAAGGCCACAUUUACACUUUGUUAAAGACGGAUUUACACUUUGUUAAAGCCGGAUUUACACUUUGUUAAAGCCGGAUUUACACUCUGUUAAAGCCGGAUUUACAAUUUGUUAAAGCCGGAUUUACACUUUGUUAAAACCGGAUUUAAAAUUUGUUAAAGCCGGAUUUACACUUUGUUCAAGCCGGAUUUACACUUUGCUAAAGCCGGAUUUCCAAUUUGCUAGGUAGCAAAUGCGGAUAUGAUUAGGAUAUUCAGGGCGUUAAGUGACUCGCAGGUUUCCUUUUGUUUAUAUUCAACGCAUGAUAUUUUGACUAAACACUUGUCACCUGCACUUAACAAAGUGUAAAUCAGGACUAAGUGCAGGUGCAGGUGACAAGUGAUUGGUAAACAUAUCAAUUGAAUUAAAUCAGAUGGACUCUGAUUUUUUUAAUAAUUUGACUUUUGCACUUGUCAACUGUAAGUAGCAAGUUAACAAAGUGUAAAUCAGGCAUAGCCAACGAUGCCAGUCCACAUAUAUCCGAAUUACAAACGUGCCAAUUCGUUGUGUCUAGCAAAACACCACGAAUUUAGACCUCGCGUUAUUAGAAAAACUUAUCUUUUAAGCGUAUAAUUUUUAUUAAUAUAUGUUAAUCAACUUCCUUUGUAUUUGCUCUGUAAGAAUUUAUGUUCCUCGUUUAAGCAGCUAUAGGGUUCUUACAGACGAACGAUUGAGGAUCAAAUUCAUCCACUGGUAAUCUCGCGAGGAGAUAUCUCCUAACACGGUUUCUGAAUGCUUUAACUACGCGUGACAUUUUAUGACGUAAAAUUGUGACACCUUUGUACAUGGAAUGCCUACUUUUACGUCAUCAAUUGUGGUUAGAAGAUUCUUACAAUUGUAUUUUAAUUUAAAAGAGAAUCUCGCGGCCUAGAUUUCGUGCGAAAAAGUAUUCCGUACCGAGACCCACGCGGUUGGCUUAAAAGUCACGGCGAGCGGCAGUUCGCUGGCGAAGACGCUCUAUUUGUCCUACUUAUGAUACGUUGUCGGCAAUUGAAUUUGAAUCGAAAUAAACUUAAAUCGUGACAAUAUCAUGAUUAAUAAUAUUAAUCAUAAAUCGUCAAUGGUUAAUCUUAUUGAGCAGAUUAAUAAAAUUAAUUACUAUCAAAAAGUUACCGAUUUAUACAUCCUUAAUUCCUUACUAAUAUAUUACAAAAGCGAAAGUGUGUUAGGUUGUUUGUUUGUUUCUCCUUCCUUCACGCUCCAAUCAACGAACCAGUCCAGUAACAUAUACUGCUUUAAUUCAGCAAAACAAACGGUUCCCGCGGGAUUUGUAAAAAAAACUUAUAAAUGCAAACGAAGAACGCGGAACGUAGCUUGUUUUUGUAUAAAUUCAAGCCACGUUGGCCAUCUGGCGUAUUAGCAUGAUGCAAUGCACAGUCGCAACUCUUAUGCCCGUUUCAACUUAAAAUAUAGAACGCCUUAGUCGGAUGCCUAGUGAUUCCUAGAGAAAUAAACGUUUCACCAACUCUUAUCACUUAUGUGAUUACUAACAACGUAAGGCGCAGUCUAAAGUAACGACACCGAUUCGGUCGAGUUUAGGGGAAUCGUAAAGUGAAUUGAUAAUAAA